AUGCUGGCGCCAUCCCACAACCACACAGUGGAACUCCCUGCCACCUUCUUCCUCGUGGGCAUUCCAGGUUUGCAGUCUUCCUAUCUUUGGCUGGCCAUCUCUCUGAGCGCCAUGUACAGCACAGCCCUUUUAGGAAACACCCUCAUCAUUACUGUCAUCUGCAUGGAUUCCACUCUACAAGAGCCCAUGUACUUCUUCCUAUGUGUUCUGGCUGCUGUGGACAUUGUGAUGGCUUCUUCUGUGGUACCUAAGAUGGUGAGCAUCUUUAGUUCAGGAGACGGCUCCAUUAGCUUUAAUGCCUGUUUCACUCAGAUGUACUUUGUCCAUGCAGCCACAGCUGUGGAGACAGGGCUGCUACUGGCCAUGGCUUUUGAUCGCUACGUGGCCAUCUGCAAGCCCCUACAUUAUAUGAGAAUUCUCACCCCUCAUGUGAUGUUGGGAAUGACUGUGACUAUCAUCAUUAGAGCUGUUGUUUUUAUGACUCCACUGAGUUGGAUGUUGAGUCAUUUGCCAUUCUGUGGCUCCAAUGUAGUUCUUCAUUCCUACUGUGAACACAUGGCUGUGGCCAAGGUGUCAUGUGCUGACCCCAUGCCCAGUAGUCUUUACAGUUUGAUUUUCUCCUCCAUAAUUGUGGGAUUGGAUGUAGCCUUCAUCGCUGCCUCCUAUAUCUUGAUUCUUAGGGCAGUAUUUAGUCUGUCCUCAAAGAAUGCCCAGCGGAAGGCAUUGAGUACAUGUGGCUCUCACGUUGGGGUCAUGGCACUGUAUUAUCUCCCUGGGAUGGCAUCUGUCUAUGUAGCCUGGCUAGGACAGGACAAAGUUCCCCUGCACGUCCAUGUGCUCUUAGCUGACCUGUACCUGAUUAUUCCGCCCACCCUGAACCCUGUCAUUUAUGGUAUGAGGACCAGGCAAAUCCGGGAACGGACAUGGAGUCUGCUGACGCAUUGCUUCUUUCACCAAUCCACUCAAGGUUCAUGA